UCUGUGCUUGGUAUAUUAGGCAGCCAGCGCUCUUGGCUGGGAGCCCAGACGAGGCUUUUGUAAUCAAAACAUGAUCUUGUAUGCUGUGCAACCAGUGCUGAGAAAGGCCGUCGGAUGGCUCUCUUCUUUUAGCUCUGCGCUGGAAUCUGCCGGGCUUUGCUGCUGAUGUCUGACAUGCACCGAGCGGAUGCCACUGUGGAUGAUGCUGUGCUAAGGAAGAAAGAACAGAAAGAUGUUGAACUUGAUAAGAAAAUCCUGGCUCUACGGAAGAAGAAUGAAGCGCUUAUACGAAGAUACCAGGAAAUAGAAGAGGACAAGAAACGAGCUGAGCAGGAGGGAAUGGCUGUUACCUCCAGGAAACCCAAGCAAGAUGGACUCACUAUUACCAUCACCAAAGCUCACAAUGACCUGAAAGAUGCAAUUACCCAGACUGAACACUAUGGACAAGAUAGCCAAGCCCUCUCGAUGGACAAAAGGGUGGUGAGUGAGAAAAAGAGCCCCUGCCCUGUGAGCACUGGAUUUGGCUUUGGCAGUGACGAAGAGGAGGAGGAGGAAGCAGAUCAUAUGUUCACAUUCAGAAUGGGGAAGAGGAUGCAGCUGGCUGUUACCAUGGACAACAAAGCUAAGGGCAAGCGAAUUGUCAGCGAGAAAUGCACUGAGUGCUUCCCUGGUCCAAGCAGGAUGCCAGACCUGAGUGAAGAAGAAAUAGACCACUUGGUGGCUUUCCGCCGGGGGAGAAGAAUGCAGAUUGCCAUCACCAUGGAUAACAAGGAAAAAAUAGAGGAGAGGAGAGCAGUGGAGAAGAGGAGAUCAGACAGCGACAGAGGCCCUGAAAGUGAGCACAGCCGUAAGGAGGGUGGGAAGUCAGUCCAGAAGUGCCCCGGAGACCUGAGCUUCCCCUUGAGUGGACGGGAACGCUCGGAGUACAUCCGCUGGAAGAGGGAACGAGAUCAGAUUGACCUCGAGCGACUGGCACGGCACAAGAAUGCAAAGGGCGAGUGGAGGCGGGCUUGGGAUGUGGAGAAGUCAGAGCACAUGUUUGAAGAGGACUUUGUUAAGGAUGGGGAGCCAGCCUUGGAUAAUCCCAGCAAUAAGAAAGGGGGAAGAAACGCAAGGAAAUUCCAGCACAGGUCCUUUCCUCCCAGCGGGAGAGGUGUAGGACAACACAGUGUGAACGUGAACGAUCCUGGUCCCAAAGCAACGAGCAGCCGAGCCAAAGGAAAGGACAGACUGACCGGCAGAGCCAGGAGAUGGGAUGCAAAAGAAGGUGAGGACACGUCUUUUCUGAAGGAUGAUCCUGACAGCCAGAGGAACCUUGGUACAGACAAGCAGAAAAGCAAAGGUGAAGAGGUAUUGGAAGAGAACUGCACAGCUGAGUUGGAGGAGAAGGUGAAACCGCCGAGCUUUCAAGAGCAUGGGAGGAGAAGUGGGAAGGCCUGGCCUGCCCAUAAUGGGCAGAAAGAGGAAAGGAGAAGACUGAAGGGGCUCAGCAAGGAGGUCUCUGAAGCCAACACAGGUGACUUGGAGCCGAGGUCCAAGGCAAGUAAGGAACAUAUUGAGGAAGAUGCCAACGGGAAGCCUGGCACUGCUGAUAUUCCCCAGGAGGAGAGCACAAAUAGCAGUGCUUCACAAAGUGGCCUUCCAAGUGCUGUGCAAGCCACUAAGCGUAGCAGUGAGGAGACCUUGUUAUUGCCCGUGGGAGCUGAUUUAGAUGGGGGUGGCUUAGAGAAAAAGACAGCUUCUGAAUGGGAAUCCACUGAGGACUCUUCAAACAGCCAUGGAGGAAAGCUGGACACAGAUGCAGGAGACAGACUGGAUGCAGAUCAAGGACAACUGGUGGGAAGAAGAGGGGAAGAAGUGGCCCAAAACACUGCCCUUGAGGGACAAACACUUGCUCUGAAAGGAGUUGAAGAUGCUGAAGACACUAAACACACAGGAGAGCCUUUGUCCACAAAGAAAGACAACUCCAACGAGACUGUUGUUCCUGAGCAGGAUAUGGCAAAACUACAGUCCAGGGAAGGGGACCAGCCUGAGGAUGGCAAGGACAAGGACAGUGGGGACACUCUCAACUAGCAAAUAAUGCACCAGUUUGCCUGAGAUGGAAGGACAACAUGCUGAAGGUGGUGGAUGAGAAGAGGAGCACAACAUUAGCCUCACUCUUUGAUCUUCUAUGAAAUCAACUUUCAGCACCUUCCCUGCGCCCUUCAUCACUUCCAGCUCAGCCCUUGCUCUCCAUAUGUCAAAGGGCAGGGAAGGCUACCCACACUCCCCACAAGAAAAACACCAUCACUUUUCUUUUGUAUUUGUUUUGCCUAUAUUGCAGCUGUGUGGCAAGCCAAUGAAACGUCUACUGUAUGCACUUUAUUUUAUUUAAUAACUAAUUCUGUUUAAAGUUAAGAUUUUUCCUUCUGGGCAGCCUACCCACUUCCUCCCCCAGAGGCUGUCAGGGAAGCGCAUGUGCACGGGCUGCUGGGCUCUCCAGAGCAGACAAGUGACAAAGCAGAACACUAGGAGACAGCACGAGAGGCUGUGCCGAAACUCAGUAGGCAGGUGAAGCAGGGCAGCUCUUGUAAUAGAGAUUUGUAUGUAGUUGAAGUGGUGGUGGGCAUGUACAGUAGUUGCAUGGGUCACAGGCACAAAGGCGACAGAGCGUUCUUGGGAUACACUGUUGAGCACGGGUGCUUUUGACAAGUGCAUGCCAGCUAUGGCAUCUCAUCCUUUCAGAGGCCACUCUACUCCUCCAGCUAGAUAAGGUAGGGCAGAAACAUCACAACACUCUCAGACAUAGGGUUUGGAUUUUGGUUCAUACUGGAUGGAGCCACGAGUUGGAUCCCCGUGGAUCCCUUCCAACUUGGGUUGUUUGAUGGUUCUAUGUCAGGAGAGCAGAGUUUUCUCUGUGUUUCACAGUUAUGAAAGGUAGCUGCUACACUGAUAAGGUGAAGCUUGGCAACUACUGCUACCUAAGACCAAAAAGUACAAAAGCUGCAGUGACUGGGGAUGCAGCUUUGUGUCAAGUGUGACAAGGAGUAGAGCAGCACAAAUGGAAUACUCUUCCCUCUUUAACAGCAAGGAAGGAGCUGGCAGCAAGAAGCACAGCCAAACUGGAGUUGCAAGUCAGAGCUUCCUGUCAAGUGCCAGCCUUCAUGGUUGUCCUUUCAAAGCCUUGGGCCUGAACAAGAAGGUAACUGCUCCCUUGGAAGCUACCAAGCAUAAUUUUUGAGCAAACCUUAAAAGAUGCCUUUCAGAUUAAGAAACUGGUUGAGCAUUACAAGCACAAAUGAGCAAAAACCCCAGUUUGGAUUCCCAAGCAACUGUAAGGCUCACAGCAAACAGCAACUACCAAAAUACGGCUACUUAUUAAGGAGCAGGCAGAAAGCAGGCACAAGUGCUUAGAUUUCUAAGUGACAGAGAAGCAAGGAUAUCACCUUCCCUUCACUGCCCUAAAACCUGAAGCAGUUUCAGGAGUCAAUUGCAGACACGUACGCGUGGAGAUUUACUGGAUUUCAUUGCAAGCUGCAUUUGCUAGCCAAAAUGGCAGGCUGCCUUGAUGAUAAGGUUGGUAUAUGUGGUGGACUGAAAUACUGUAUGCUGUUCUAAUAAACUAGUAUUUGCACAUA